AUGCCUGAGUUGCUGGAUGCCCAAGAAUUGGGAGAAAUGUUUCCUCCAAAAACAUCAGCCAACAUUCAGUCAAGCAUGUACAGCGAACUACCACUGCCUCAGAUGGGAAUGAAUACUUCGGAAAAAUGGAACUUCCACUACAUCACCAUUCUCCGAGACCCAGUGUCCCGGUACUUGAGUGAGUGGAGGCAUGUCCAGAGAGGGGCAACAUGGAAAGCAUCCCUGCAUGUCUGCGACGGAAGGCCCCCAACUUCUGAAGAGCUGCCCAGCUGCUACACUGGUGAUGACUGGUCUGGCUGCCCCCUCAAAGAGUUCAUGGACUGUCCCUAUAAUCUCGCCAACAACCGCCAGGUGCGCAUGCUCUCUGACUUGACCCUGGUAGGCUGCUACAACCUCUCUGUCAUGCCCGAAAAGCAAAGAAACAAGGUCCUUCUGGAAAGUGCCAAAUCGAAUCUGAAGCACAUGGCGUUCUUCGGCCUCACUGAGUUUCAGCGGAAGACCCAGUAUCUGUUUGAGAAAACCUUCAACAUGAACUUUAUUUCGCCGUUUACCCAGUAUAAUACCACUAGGGCCUCUAGCGUAGAGAUCAACGAGGAAAUCCAAAAGCGUAUUGAGGGACUGAAUUUUCUGGAUAUGGAAUUGUACAGCUAUGCAAAAGAUCUCUUUUUGCAGAGGUAUCAGUUUAUGAGGCAGAAAGAGCACCAGGAGGCCAGGCGGAAGCGUCAGGAACAACGGAAAUUUCUGAAGGGAAGGUUCUUUCAGACCCAUUUCCAGAGCCUGAGCCAGGGUCAGGGCCAGGGCCGGAAUCCGAGUCAGAACCCAAAUCCGAAUGCAAAUCAGAAUCUGACUCAGAAUCUGAUUCAGAAUCUGACUCAGAGUCCGAGCCAGAAGGAGAACCGAGAAAACCAGAAGCAGAGCCCAGGCCAAGAGCAGAACGAUGGCAACACCAGCAAUGGCACCAAUGAUUACAUAGGCAGUGUAGAGAAAUGGCGUUAAAUGGCUCAGAAAGGCUUGUGCACACUUUUCCCAAAGCGCCACUGAAGAGAUGGCAUAUCUUAAAAGAUGAAAGUGUACAAACACAUCCUGCUUCCUUAAUUCUGGAAGUUUAAAAAAGUUUAGAUGUUGCCUUUACAGUUGCCUUUCAAUUAAAUGUUAUACUGUGCGUGGGUCACACAAAUCUUAAUAUACAAUUAAAUUGUCUUUUUUUUUUUUUUGGUUGGACUAUUUAUGAAAUCCAAAAGCCAAACCAGACUCACCAGAAAUUGCUGUUUUUAGCUAUUUUAAGAAGUUCUUAAAUUAGUUAUGGAGACAAACAUGAAAUGUGACCAUUUAACUUAUGGCUAAGAAAUGGACUUUAAAUUAUUCAUGAUGCACUAAGACCCAAUCUUGGAAGCAAACGUUUUUUCCCAGGGGUAAAUAUAAGUAUAAACAUAAAACGGCUAAAACGAAACACAAAACCUUUCAUUUUCUUCUGACUUUAACAAGGAAUCUGUUUAAACAGAAUAACAACUGAUGAUAAAUUUUAUCAAACUGUAAAAAUGAAAAAUUCCUCUCUCAAACAUAGAUAGUUUUAUGUAAAAAUAUUGGCUUUUCAAGAACAGGACUCAUAUCUUAUUAUUUAAGAGAUGUUUAAAAUUUUAAACUUUUUCUAACUUUUACUGCUUAAAGGUUUUAAACAGGGUGUAUCUCAUAUCAAACAAAACACUUUUUUUUUUCUUUUUCUAAAUGGAACACCAACAUAAAGAUCUAAUUUCCAGACACAUUUGGGGCACUGUAAUUUCAACAAUUCUGGAAUCUUUUUGGCGCUGCUUCUCAUUCAUUUUAAGGCUUCUCCAAAUUGUGCUCAUUCCAAACUAACCCAUGUAUAGAAUCUUUCUUCAUCUUCUAAAUGGUGUGUUGCUGAAUUUAUUGUGGUAUAUAAUCCUGGAUUAAAGUCAGGACUUUCUUUCUAUAGAAUUGUCUUAUCAAUGUUUGUGUAGUGAGGUCCUUAUCAAGAAACUCUUGAACAGGAUAAUGUGUCUAAAAAUAUUGCUGAAGUUAUUCUUGAUCAGAUAGACCUGAACCUGAAAUGUGAACUGUUAUUUACCUUUUGCACAUCUUUAUUGUAAUGUUUCCAGUUGGGCUGUCUAUUUCUAGCCCAUUAGUUCUUUUUCAUGUUGACAGAUUUGUAGAAAAUUGCAAGAACCAAAAAUUGUAGAAUAAGCAUUAGGAUAGCCAGAGUUAUGCAGUAACACCAAAAGCUGCACCUUGAUACUUUGGGUAAACCCUUCUACCAGGUUUUUGUUUAACAAAGAACAAAAGUAAAGAGUGUUCUGCAGUGAGGUUGAGUAUCAGGAACAUAUGAGUUAAGGAGAGUGAUUUGGUAGUGUAAGUCUGUGUAAAAACACUUUUAUGGUAUCAAUUACGAAUUGAGCAAGGUUUAAAGAAGUAUGUAACCCGCUAUGCUGUCAAGCAUCAUGAUUCUGGGCAGUUUUCAUUUUAUGGAUUUUGCUACUCUUUUGUAAGCACUUGCACUAACCUCUUGGCUAUAAAUCAAACAAGGUGACUGGAAGUGACAUUUAUGUUUUCAAGAGGGACAUGCUUAGAAGUGUGACCAUAAAGUGAUAUCUUGUACAAUCUGCUUGUGUGUAUAAUCUAGUUUCAUCUGUAAUAAUAUGGCCACAUGUUGAACAAGAAGCUGAGUAUUUGGGAUUAAAAUGGAUUUUCUUGACUCUGAGCUUGUAUCACUAUUUCUAGCUUUUGUUUUGUCUGACAGUAUUGCAGGCCUGGGAAUUCUGAGACCUAAAAAACUAAAAGGAAUUUUUUUAAAAAACACACCUUGAAGUCAAAGUGUUUUAGAGUAAAACUAUUUUGUGUACAUUGUGUUUUUAAAAUAGUCUGUAGAUCACUAUGGUAUUUCAAUUUUGUUUAGUUUUAAUUGAAAAUGUUUGCUCUUAAAACUGAUAGGUACUAUUGGAAAGCAGGAUGAAGCCUGAGCCAGUGGAAAAGCUUGUUACAGAAAAAAAACAUUUUGUGUAUUGCUGUGGUGUGCAUGGUUUGCAAAGAUUAAGUGCAUUUUCUCUGUCUAUACUGAUGAUUGUAUAUAGCGGAUGUUAUAAAUAUACAUUUUUGUCAUCAUAAUGUAAAUCUCAUGAUUUCAUCUGUAAACAUUUGUCCAAUGGUGUAGCUUUACAAACCAUUCACUGAUUUUUGUGUAAUUUAACAAUAGAUAUGAAAUAAAGUUUAAACUACA